AAAAGUUUAAAUACUUGAAUCUACUUGUGAAGUGAGAUUUUGAAUGAAAGUUUAACAAAUAUCAAAGCAAAUACAUAAGUAAAUGAAGGGUGAUGAAUUUCAUACUUAUAAAAUUGUGGGAUUUACAAUUUCAAUUAUUAAACAAUGAAUAAUUUGAUUCCUUGAUAAAUAAGUUACAUAUGUUAGAAAAUUGAAAACAUUAAAAGGGAUCAUUUACUAAGUAUAUGAAAUAAAAGAUAAGAAUGAUUAAUAACCUUAAGUUGAUAAAGGCUUUUAUAUAAAAUAAAUAAUUUAGGAUUAAAAGGGCAGAGAUAGUUUAAUCAAAAAUAAUGGAAGUAGAAUAUAAUGAGAUUCAACAAAAGUUUUGGAGAUCUAAAAGAGGUUUACCUAAAAAAACUAAACUUAUUACAUCUAGAAAUAGAUAAAAGGUAAUAUAAUAAUAAAUAAUAGGCAAAUAUAGAGCUUUAAAUUGAAAGAUCAAUAAAUUAAAGCUUAUCCUUGAAUAUAAAUAAGAAACAAGAAUAUCAGGAUAAUAUAAAAAAACAAUUAUAAUAAAAUAAAUGA